ACUUUAUAUUCUUGAUCGGUCCGUCGACAUACCCCUCUCUUCUUCGCCGUGGCCGCCUUCGACUCCUCUCUCGCAUCCGUCUCGCGAGGAAGCCUCCCUCGACGAUCUUGUCUCCUCCCAAUCGCAGCCAACCCAUCGUCGAAAUGGAUGAUGAUUGUUGUUCUACCCAACUUAUUGACGGAGACGGAGUGUUCAAUGCUGCUGGGCUUGAACAUUUUAUGAAAACAGUGAAGCUGGCUGAGUGUGGCUUAUCCUAUGCCGUGGUGUCUAUAAUGGGUCCACAAAGCAGUGGGAAGAGUACACUUUUGAACCAUUUAUUUGGCACCAACUUCAGGGAGAUGGAUGCUUUCAUGGGAAGGUCGCAAACCACAAAGGGCAUUUGGUUGGCUAAUUGUGCUGGAAUCGAACCAUGCACAAUCGUUAUGGAUUUGGAGGGUACUGAUGGAAGAGAGCGCGGAGAGGAUGACACCACAUUUGAGAAGCAGAGUGCACUUUUUGCUUUAGCAGUUUCAGAUAUUGUCCUUAUAAACAUGUGGUGCCAUGAUAUUGGUCGAGAACAAGCUGCAAACAAGCCUCUUUUAAAGACAGUAUUCCAGGUCAUGAUGAGAUUGUUUAGCCCACGUAAGACAACAUUACUAUUUGUCAUACGUGAUAAAACCAAGACACCUCUGGAAAAUCUUGAACCUAUUCUCAGGGAAGAUAUUCAAAAGAUAUGGGAUAGUGUUCCAAAACCACAAGCUCAUAAAGAAACUCCUCUUAGUGAAUUUUUUAAUGUGCAAGUUGUGGCUCUUUCGAGUUAUGAAGAGAAAGAAGAACAAUUCAAAGAACAGGUUGCAAGUUUGAGGCAAAGAUUUUAUCAUUCCAUUGCUCCUGGUGGUCUUGCUGGAGAUCGGCGAGGGGUCAUUCCUGCUUCAGGUUUUUCAUUUAGUGCACAGCAGAUCUGGAAGGUUAUCAAAGAUAACAAAGACCUUGACCUGCCUGCACACAAGGUCAUGGUAGCCACUGUACGUUGUGAAGAAAUUGCUAAUGAAAAGCUUACUUAUAUGGCUGCUAUGGAGGAGUGGCUGCAACUUGAAGAAGCUGUUCAACAUGAUCUAGUUCCAGGUUUUGGGAAGAAGCUUAGUGUAAUUUUGGACAAGUGCUUUUCUGGAUAUGAUAUGGAAGCUGUAUAUUUUGAUGAAUCUGUUAGAAUUUCGAAGAGGCAACAACUUGAAUCAAAACUUCUCCAGUUGGUAAAUCCUGCUUAUGAGUCCAUGUUGGGGCAUAUUCGAGCAAAAACUUUGGAUGGUUUUAAGGAAGCACUUGACAAGGCGCUUGAAAGAGGAGAAGGGUUUGCUAUUGCUGCACAUGAUUGUACUCAAGUGUUCAUGUCAAAAUUUGACAAAGGCUGUGAAGAUGCAACUAUUGAACAAGCAAGUUGGAAUCCUUCAAAAGUUCGGGAUAAGCUUCGGCGAGAUAUUGAUGCACAUGUAGCUUCAGUUCGUGCAGCGAAACUUUCUGAGCUUACCACCUUAUAUGAGGGGCAACUCGCUAAAGCUCUUUCAGAACCUGUAGAGGCUCUUCUUGAUGCAGCCAGUGAUGAUACCUGGCCAGCAAUAAGAGAACUUCUUCGACGGGAGACAAAAUCUGCUAUUUCUGGAUUUUCUUCUGCACUUUCAUCAUUUAAUCUUGACGAGGCAGAUGUUGAUAAAAUGCUCAUAAAACUAGAGGAGUACGCUAGAAGUGUUGUUGAAUCCAAGGCAAGAGAAGAGGCAGGAAGAGUAUUGAUCCGUAUGAAGGACAGAUUCUCAACAUUGUUCAGCCAUGAUGCUGAUUCCAUGCCAAGAGUUUGGAUAGGAAAUGAAGACAUUAAAGCAAUCACAAAAACUGCUCGCUCUGCAUCUCUGAAGUUGCUGUCUGUAAUGACUGCCAUUCGACUGGAUGAUGAGACUGAUAAAGUUGAGAAAAUGCUCUCACUUGCUUUGAUGGAUGCUUCUGAUGGUGGUGGUACAAACAGAAGCAUCCAAUCACUUGAUCCGCUUGCUUCAAGUUCAUGGGAAGAGGUUCCACCAACAAAAACUUUGAUUACUCCAGUCCAGUGCAAAUCAUUGUGGAGGCAGUUCAAGGCUGAGACAGAUUAUACUGUCACUCAGGCUAUUUCAGCUCAGGAAGCCCAUAAGCGUAACAAUAGCAUGUUACCUCCUCCAUGGGCAAUUCUUGCUAUUCUUGUUUUGGGAUUCAACGAAUUUAUGACACUUCUUAGAAAUCCUCUCUACUUGGCUGUUAUUUUUGUUGUUUCUUUAGUGGGCAAAGCCCUCUGGGUCCAGCUAGACAUAUCAGGCGAAUUCAGAAAUGGAGCUCUUCCUGGGCUCCUUUCCUUGUCUACAAAGUUUCUUCCGACUGUAAUAAACAUCCUUCGGAGAUUGGCUGAUGAGGGCAAACAACCUGCAGCUCCGGCACUCGACAGGAACCACUCAAAAAGCAGCUUCAGGCGUGGUGUAACCAGCAACUCAUCGUCAUCCGCAACCUCUAAUUUGGCAUCACCUGAGAGCGAAAUAGAGUAUUCGAGCCCACCAAGGCAACAAUGAACAUGCAAUGGACAACUACGAUAUGUUUUUCUCACGUUGGCUUUGCUGUUUUAGGAUUUUUGGUUUUAUUUUGAACUGAGCUUUAUUGAGAUGCUCGCUUGACUAUAUAGUGUAAGCUCAUGAAUGUAUCCAUUAU